UCUUUCCGUUUUCCCGGCCACCGCCCUCCACCCUCAACCCAUUCCAGAGAUCGAAGAGAAAAUCUACUUCAGUACUCUGAUCGCUUUGUAACCCCCUCCCCAUUCCUCGUCCAUUCCUCCCUAAUCCCCUCCAGAUUCAAGAAGCAGAAGGGCUCCGGCGAUGAUGUUUUCGCCCGCCUCUUCGCCGCCUCCUUGGAUCCCGACUUCGCCCCCCUCUCUCUCGAACCACGGAUCCUCAAGUCCCACCUCAUCGCCGGCGAGACCCUCUGCGGCCUCUUCCUCCUGCGCUCCUCCCCGACCCUCGCCGGCUACGACUACGUGGUCGUCGCCACAGCACUGGGUUCUCGAGGGGAAGCUCAAAAUACAGAGGGGUGACCCUUCACAAGUGUGGCCGCUGGGAGGCCCGCAUGGGGCAAUUCCUUGGAAAGAAGUACAUAUAUCUUGGGCUAUUCGACAGCGAAAUAGAAGCUGCAAGGUCCUAUUGAACAUGGAUUUUCUCAUUGCUGACAAUGAAUCUCUUAGUCUUACUAUUAACUUCAACGGGGUUCAAUUCCAACGUGAAUCUCCCUUUUUCCUCUUUUUUUUGCUUUUCAAUAUCAGGGCUUAUGACAAGGCUGCUAUAAAAUGUAAUGGAAGGGAUCCUGUUACAAAUUUUGAGCCCAGUACCUAUGAAGGAGAAUUGCUUACUAAGACUGCUGAUGGUGAAGCCACUGGUCAUGAUGUUGAUCUGAACUUGAGGAUUUCCCAACCUGCUGCCCGUAGUCCAAAGAGGGAUCAAGAUUCAACGGCCAUCCAAUUCCACUUUGGCUCACGUUCUGAUGCCAAGAAAACAGUGAUUGAUAUCCCUUCUUCCCAAUUGGCUGGUCUGCCGCAUCGUUUCCAGACUGCUCGGUGCCCAACUAUCUUUCCCACUGUUGAGGUAAUGUUUUACAAUUUGCUACUGUCUUUUUGCAAUUUCUCCAUAUGCAAUUUUCAACAAGAUUAGCAUGAUUUUUCUUUAAAUUAUGGAAAUUAGCUACUGUCGUUUCCAGAGUAUGCUAUACAUGGGAGUAUUUCCCUUAAGUCAGAUGUCUUUAGUUUUGGUGUAUUAGUUUUGGAAAUCGUCAGCGGAAGAAGGAACAAUAGUUUCUAUGACCCUGGAAAUGUGAUGAAUCUUCUAAGCUACGUAAGUAACUACAAAAUUCACAUUUACAUUUUCUACUAUGAUUAAGUCUAGAGAUGACUACGCCAUAUUCUAACAGACCUUUACCAGGCAUGGCAAUGUUGGACCAAUGAGACAGCACUGAAAUUAGUUGAUCCAAGUAUGGCUGAAAAUUAUUCAAGCCACAAAAUCUUGAGAUGCAUCAACAUUGGGCUGUUAUGCGUACAGGAAAAUCCAAGUGACAGUUCAAACAUGUUAUCAGUUUUUUUGAUGCUCAACAGGUACAAAAUGAAACUCCAAACUCCCUCACAGCCUGCAUUUUUUUAUGCAAAUGCCAUGACCGAGUCAUAUGGAUUUGUUGAAGAUGCCGGUCCAUCUAAAGGUAAACAUCAGCAGUCUACAAGUACAUCGACUCUAUUCUCUUCAAAUGAGGCGUCAAUUACCGAACUAAACCCUCGAUAGGGGGAGAAACAACUGUACUAAUAAAUGCUUGUACUCCAUCAGCCUGCCUUUUAAAUCUAGAUGGCUGGUUGUUUCUGUAAUUUUGGACGUAUAUACCGACUUCACAAAUUACAUAGAGAUAGUUUAAUAUGUUUGAUGUGUAAGCAAGGUAAUCAAAAAUACCUUAUUAUAUAUGAUGAGACAGUAAUUGUACAAUA